AUUUUUCAAAACUUGUGAAUCCAAAUGGAGCUGAUUGGACUCCUUGACACUGUCAGCGAGCUUGAGCACACUGUCAGAGAGCUUGAGGACGACCAGGGAGUCUGUUAUGACCAUGACGAGCCCAAUGAUGACGAUUUUGAGACAGAUCUGGAGAGUGAUUCAGAUGCUGCAGUGGAGGAUGAUGACGAAAUGGUCGAUGGCAUGGCUCCGACUCCCAAACGGAGGAAGCUGGCGAGGGACAAUGGACUCCAAAAAGCUAAAUCCACAGGAAGAUACCCCGUCUUUGGCGGUGUGGUCGGUCCUGUCGAUCAACUUGAUCCGUCUGUAACUCCAUGCCUAGAUUUUGUUAAGUUACUUUGGCCCGAUAGUUUGUGUGAGUACAUAGCCGAACAGACCAACCUGUACGCUAGGCAGUGUGGUGCUAAGGGUUGGUCAGCUACAAACAGUGCCGAAUUGUGGGUGUUUUUGGGGAUUGUACUAGAGAUGGGCAUUCAUAGGCUCCCUGAAAUUACGGACUACUGGUCCAAGGAUUCCCUUUUAGGUGUACAAUCUGUGAGCAAUGUAAUGUCUCUCAAAAGGUUCCAAAGUUUAUGGCGGUAUCUGCACUGUGAGGACAAUACGUCCAUCACUGAUGCACGUAGGGUAACUAGCAAGCUAAAAACUGUUUUAGAGACUCUUAAAGCCAACUACUUCAUGAGGUAUAAUCCCAGUCAGGAGCUUUCCGUUGAUGAGAUGAUGAUAAAGUACAAGGGUCGUAAAAGCGGGAAAAUUCAUAUGCCCAAGAAGCCUGUUAAACUGGGGUUCAAGGUAUGGUGCUGCUCAUUUUCAUGCUGUGGGUAUCUCUGUGUGUUUGAUGUAUACAGUGGUAAGCUCACCGAUUCCUCUGGGAAAAAGAUAGCUGUGAAAGGGCUUGUGAAAAAUGUAGUCCAUCGUUUACUCACUCCUUUUUAUGGUCAUCAGCAUGUUGUGUACAUGGAUAACUUUUACACGUCCGGUCCAUUGAUAGAAGAGUUGGCUAAGCAAAAUGUGUUUACUGUCGGCACAAUUUUGAAGAAUGCUGCUGGUUUCCCAGCAAGUCUUAAGGAUGUGGUACUCGACAAAGGUGACUAUACGUCCAUGACUGUUGGUGAUAUUUCUUACUCUAUGUUUAACGACCGUAGAGUUGUGUCCUUUGCAACAAAUGUGUUCCCUGACCGUAUGCCCUACACUGUAAUGCGAAUGCACAAAGACGGUACCCUACACUCUCAGAGUGUCCCCCCCCCUGUCUCCCUGCAUAUAACAUGUACAUGGGAGGAGUUGACAAUACAGGGCGUAUGAGGAAAACCUAUGGGUACGAUAGAAAGUGUCGGCGGUAUUGGUUCAGGAUUUUCUUUCAAUUCCUUGACGUUAGUGUGAAUAAUGCAUACAUUCUAUACAGGCACAACUGUGUCAGGGUGGGUUCAAAGGCCAUGCCUUUGAAAGGGUUUCGAUUGGAACUAAUUCAUAGUCUAUUGGGUGUGCCACGUACUCGUAGCAGUGCCUCAGGUCUGGCCAGUCUAAAUAUCGUUUUCCCCCAUCACAGGGCGCACGUGUGAGUGCAAAUAGUGUCGGAGUGUCUCGUGGGCGCUGUCAAGUGUGUGUUCGGGAGAAGAUCCCUAGCAGAGAGCAGCAACACACUGCAAUGGCAUGUCCCCACUGUCUCAUAAGAAUAUGCAAA